AUGGACUAUUUAAUCGAUACCAAUCGCGGAUCUCUACGGUCAAUUUUUUCAAAACACUCAACUAGUCAUGACAACCCAGUGAUUACAUAUAACGAGCUUUUCAAGUUUUGCACUGCUGUAAGGAUAUUCCCUGAUUUAUUAUCCUCAUUUGAGAUUAAGCGGCUGGUCAUGAAAUCCUCCAAUUCUCAUGGAAACUCAGACAAGCGAAUUGAACUCAGUUAUUUGCAGUUCGAAAAGCUUUUAAAAUCAAUAGCAAACCAUUGCUUUACAUCUGGAUCAGAUGGAGAAAAGCUUAAGUUGCUAUUUGCCCAUAUCAAAAAUUCCUGCAAACUCAACUAUCAUGUAGACUUAAAUAUUGCAGUGGAUAGUUCGUGCUUAAUUGAAGAAAAUUCUUUAUCCAACUCUAAUUUGAACUCGUCUAAUGAAAGAUCACAAAAGCAGAGAGAAACUUUAAGAAAAUCUUCCUCACUCCUUCUCUCUUUAAUUGGAACAAAAGCAAAAUUCUGUUACAAUUUCAAAAGAGGAUUAAUUUUUUUUAAAAAAAAAUUCUAUAAAAAUAUUAAAAUUAUGAAAAAUAAUUUGAAUUUUAAUUUAUUUUUCAUUCAGUAUGAAAACUGUUUAAAUACUUUUAUUGAUUAGGUAUGCAACUUUAUAAAAUUUAGUGUUUUUACUAUAAAAUUUUUAUAUGAAAUCAAAAAAAUUUUGUUUCAAUAUAAAAGAUAUAAAUAAAAUGGCAUUCCCUUCGAGAUAAAUUAGCUUUGCUAAUUUUCUCUCCCUUAUAGAAUUUUAUUUAUGGGGUUUGGAUUCCACUCAAGAGCUUCUAUAUAUUAGCAUCGGUUUGACUUUGGAAUAACUGGAGGAACUGCUCCACAGUACAUCAAGAGCCUAAGGGUUUUAUCACUUAGUGCUUCAGAGGAAGGUGACAGUUAGGCAAAAUACUUGCAGGAACUGAGCAGGACAAAAGAUGGCAUCGGGCCUGGUGAGAAGUGCUGAUCGUGGCGAUUGAUAGUUUUUUGGAAUAAACCGACCUUUUGGAGCGGAAAUACUGGUGACGUCACCACUUUGGCUCUGUCUAAUAGUUUUUGACGCGUGGCAUUGGACAUUUAAAUAUUCUAAUUAGCUAAUGACCAAAAAUAAAAAUUUUUACCGAAAAGUUGUUCCAAUUAAAAGGGGGGGCAGUCAGGGCCUAAGAUGAAAAGUAAAUUUUAAGCAGAAAAUGUGAUUAAAAAAAGUCUCACAAAAUGCGCAUCUCUAAAGCUACCCUCUGCAGACCAGCCAGGCAACCGAACACGAAUCGUUUCUCCUAGAAUCAUGAACCCAACCCCAAGAGUUGUAAAUAAAAAAGUAAAGCAGCUCUAUCAAGCAAUUUCUCCAAGGCACCUCUCAGCUAGAAAGCUAGCAUCAAGAUCUCCAGAUUCCAAGCAUGAAAUAAGCAGCUCUAUUGACCAGCAUUCGACUAGACUUAGCAAACCAUUGGAAAUUCCUAAACUGGGUAGUCCUCUUUCAUCAAGCCAAUUUGUUAUAUCAAAUUUGCCUACUGUUAAAAAUAGCACUCAUAAUAAAUUAAGCAAAGUUAAAAGUGCAUUUGAUGAUUUUAGGAAAAAACACAAAGAAAUAGUAGCAAAAAAGCCAGCAGGGAUAAGCCCAAAGAUGCUUAGGUUUAUUAAAAGUUCACAUAAAAAUAGGUUUGAAAAUGUAAAAGUUAUGUAGAAAUUUGUGACAAAGCUGUUUUUCGAGCUAUGGAGGGUUAAGACGAUUUAUAGUGCCUAG